AUGAACGUCAGUACCAGUGCGCUUGGGGUGCGGAGAAGAAAGGCAACCAGCCAGAACAUCGACGAGGAGGAGAAUGCGGCGGUGCUCAAGCUCGGGCCCGAGUUCCAGCUCCAGCAGAUGACCAACAGCGGCGAGACCGAGCAGUUGAUCGCCCUCAACAACAGCGAGGCCCGGUUGUUGAUUCGGGCGGCGUUGAAGGAACGGAAAAACAAGAAUAACCGGGGGCAGCAGACGGCCGAAGACGUGGAGAAUGAGGAAAACGAAAAGGAAGACGAGAUUUCCAACAUGGAGUUAGCGGGUCCUGACUCCAACGAAAUCAUGCACAAAACCCUUAAUUACCUCGCCAACUUCGCCCGGUUCAAGAACUCGAGCAGUGUCGAGACGGUGGAAAAGCUCUUGACCGACUUCAGUGCGCUGGCGCUGGAGCCGUUGCAUCCGUUUGAGUUGGCCCAGCUCGGGUCGUUGGAGUGUGAAGAAGCCGAAGAAGCGAAGCUGUUGAUCCCCAGUUUGGCGCAUAAGGUGUCGGAUGUCCAGUUGCAAACAUUGUUGACCGAGUUGAGAAAGUACCAGACAAUUAGUUAG